UAUUAUGCGAUUAUAUCAGCGAGCAUUAAGACAAAACAAAUAUAAGUACGUUAUUCCAAAAUUCUAAAAAAAAGUGUGGAAAAAACCUCCUUAAAAAAUGUAAUAUAUGUAGUUAAUUUCCUGAGUAAUAAAUCAUAGUUUUAGCCCCGUAUAUAUCGAUUUUAAUUUUCAAGGUAAAAAAAUAUCAUAUUGUGCAUAGUUUUUGUAUAAAUACUUGUAAUCAUACAUUUAUGCAUUUAUUUUGAAGAAAGUAUCAAAUACUACAUUUGUACGCGUAGGUACUUAUUUAAUUUUUUCGCCGCAAUAAUGAAUACCGCAUUUAUCUGGCUGGUACCAUUUCUGUCACCUUUCAUAAUGGUCCUAUUUGCCUUUAGCUGUUGUAUAUUUUGGAUAUACCGAAAAAUUGUGGACAUAUUACUCAGAAUUCGUCUUGGUGAUAAAUAUGGUGGUCUCCUGAACUAUGGUGAUGCUUUUUCUGUAUUUAAUGACAUAUCGCCCUGUAUGAUAUGCACGAUGGUGAUUGUAAAAAGCGACAAAGAAAUUGACAUGGUAAACUUAGUUAAAAGCCGAUUGCAGAAAAUGAUAUUUGAUUCACCACAAGACUACUCGAAAAUGACAAGCACCUUGCACACUUACGCUGGUUAUGGUUAUUUUUUAAAAAAUUCAGUUAAAUUAAAUGAAAGUGUGAAAACUUUUCCUGAGCCUCAGAAUGAGACCUACGACGAAGAAUAUGUUAAAAAAAUGGUUGAAAAAGCUUACAAUUCACCACUUCCUUAUAAUAAUACCGCUACAUGGGAAAUAGUGAUGGGUGAAAAGCCAAUGGUGACGAAAUCCGGUGGGAAAUAUAUAUAUCGUUAUCCAGUUCACAUGAGAUUCCACCAUUUGAUUGGAGAUGGCGCUUCAAAAGUUGCAUUCAUUUGUCGGUUGAUUGGUCAAUGUGAUAAAGACUUUGGCGAGGAAGUAUUUAAUGGAAAACAUGGAAGUAAUUCUACCAAAAGUGAUGAGGGAGAUUAUUAUUUUGGCUUAUUGAAAAAUAUAUUUGAGACUCUCAAGCUCAUAUUCUAUAUAAUAUUUUUUAUGCUCCAAAAACGAAUGGAACUGAUCCAUUGGCGAGCAUCGGACAAUAAUGCACUUCAUGGUGUAGAGCUUUCAGGCAAAAAAAUUAUGGUUUGGAAAUCUGAAGAAUCAGUUGAACUUGUACCAUUAACAAAAAAAAUCAAAAACGCUUUGCCAGGAAUGAAGUUUGGGAAUGUUGUUUUUGCAGCAGUAAGUGCUGCAUUUGCGAAUUAUUUUAAAAAGUAUGACGCUGUCCUUUCCAAUAGCAUAUCAGUUUUUUCCACACUGAGAAUGGAAUUUCCACGAAUAGAGAAAAAUAAACCAAUACCAAUGGAAAAUGGAAGUACCGCAGUGUUACUGGAAUUGCCUAUAAAAGAAGCUAGUAACUUGAAGCAGUUGUUAUUAAAAGUUAAACAGAAUUCUGAACAAUCAACCUACUUUGAAGCUUUGUCAAAUCAACUAUUCAUGAGGUAUCUAUUUGCCCUAUUUCCUCUUAGCAUAAGAACGCAGCUCCAUGAUUCAGGAACCUACACUGCAAUAAUAAGUAAUUUACCUGCAGGAAAGCGUAUAGUUUUACACAAUGACUGCUAUGUUGAAAAAAUGGUUGCUGCUCCACCUAAUUUAAGAAAAAUUGGUGUAGGUAUAGUAAUAAUAACGUACGAUGACAGAUAUCAAAUUGGGCUCUUGGUUGAUAAAGCUUUAAUUGCUUCGCAAAAACAAGCGCAAGAACUUGUGGAUGAUGUGUUUUGCAACAUAAGGCUACUAGCUGAAGAAAUAAUCGGGAAUAAAACUAAAACUGUUUAAAUUGAAUAUUUAUUAAGUAUUCCAUAAGAGAUAGGCUAAUAUUUAUUUAGAUAUUAAACAUAAGUACCUAUUCGAAUAAAAACUAUUACGAAACAAAAAAGUGUUUUUUUUU